AUGAGCCACAACAGCAACGGCAGCCACCUUGAUCUCCAGACAUCCAGCUCCAACACAUGUGAGAAGAACGAACUGCGCGUGGAGGCCGAGUACGAGCCAGAGUGGGUGCACGGAGUGACGUUGGUGAUGGUGAUCAUGGGAAUCACCCUGGUAGUAUUUUUGAUGUUAUUGGAUGUAUCGAUUGUGUCGACGGCCAUACCCCAUAUCACAAGCCAAUUCAAGUCGCUCGAAGAUGUCGCGUGGUACGGGAGCGCGUAUACGAUAUCCAGUGCAGCCCUCCAGCCCCUCACCGGCAAGUUCUACACCUACUUUUCUUCCAAGUGGACAUGUCUUUCCUUCUUCGCCGUGUUCGAGCUCGGCUCCGUGGUCUGCGGGGCGGCCAGUUCAUCUAAGAUGCUGAUCAUCGGGCGCGCGGUGGCGGGCAUGGGGUCGUCGGGGAUGCUGAACGGGGCGCUGAAUCUCCUAGCCGCAGCGGUGCCGACGGAGAAGCGGCCGACGAUGAUUGGGGUCAUUAUGGGGUUUGGCCAGCUCGGCCUGGUGGGCGGCCCGUUAAUCGGCGGGGCGUUGACAACCUAUUCAACCUGGCGAUGGUGUAUAGAAGGCUUCUACAUUAACCUGCCCAUCGGCGGCGUCGUCGGCGCCCUUCUCCUCUUCACGCGCAUCCCGGACCAACAAGCCAAACCCCCAGCGAGAGAAGUGAUGCGGCUGCCUUUCCUCUACAAAUUCGACCUGGUGGGGUUUAUCUUAUUUGCGCCGGCAUCGAUCAUGCUGCUUCUGGGCUUGCAGUACGGUGGCAACCACUACGCGUGGGACAGCGCAACGGUGAUCGGGCUGUUCGUCGGCGCAGCCGCUGGCUUUGCCGUAUUCGCAGCCUGGGAACGCCGAAUGGGUGCCGAGGCCAUGAUUCCUGCCCACUUGGUGUGUAAUCCGAUCGUACUCUGCAGCAGUCUGCUGUCGAUGGCGACCUUCGGGUUCACGAUGACGCUGUCGUACUACCUACCGAUCUACUUCCAGUCAGUACGGGGUAAAUCGGCGCUGGUCAGCGGGGUGGAUCUGUUGCCGAACAUUCUGUCUCAGUUGGUGAUGGCGGUCGGAUCUGGGGUGUUGAUCUCAAAAUGGGGCUACUACCUCCCCUGGGCCAUCCUAGGCGCCAUCCUCAGCUCCGUGGGCAACGGCCUCCUCGCCACGCUGGGACCGCACACGUCCAUCCCCAGGUGGGCAGGCUACCAGGCCCUCGUCGGAUUUGGACGGGGCGCUAUCUCUCAAGUUCCAAUAAUUGCCAUCCAAGCUACCAUCCCCGCCACCUCCACCUCCACCGCAAUGGCCAUGAUGACCUGCGCGCAGACCUUUGGCGGCGCCAUCUUCCUCGCAGUCGCGGAGGUCAUCUUCGCUCAGGCGCUGCGCGUAGAGAUCCCGCGGUAUGCGCCAGCCGUUGACGCGGAGGUUGUGAUCGCCGCCGGGGCAACGGGGUUUCGGGCGGUGGUGGCGGCGAAGGAGUUGCCGGGAGUGGUGAGGGCGUUUGCCGAGAGUUUGGACCGGGUUUUUUAUUUGGCUGUGGGCUUGUCGGUGGUGCAGUUUGGGGUUGCGUGGGGGGUGGGGUGGAGGAGUGUGAGGAAGGGGAAGGGGAAGGAGACAGCGGCGGCUGGGGUAGGGGAGGAGAGGGUGUGA